UUUGUGUGCCAGUCUCGUCCCGGCAUCCCGAACGAGACGCCGAGAGCGGAGCUCCUCUUCCUCCCGACUGAGCCUUGUCCCUUUAAAUGCGCUCUCUCCCCUCCAAGCGCUUGCAGGAACAACCUGUUUGCCGCCGGCAGAUUUAAAUUCUUGCAGCUAAACAGUCCAGAGCUUCCACUAUGUCAUCGAGGCCAUUUGAAAGUCCGCCGCCUUAUCGACCCGAUGAAUUCAAACCUUCACACUAUGUACCAAGCAAUAAUGCGUAUGGUGGUGAAUUCCAUUCUCAGCCAAUGUACUCUCAGCCUGCAUAUUCCUACUAUCCGGAAGAGGAAGUUCAACACUUCUACAAAUGGUCCUCCCCUCCAGGAAUAAUCAAGAUCAUGUCGGUUCUCAUAAUAGUGAUGUCCAUUGGCAUCUUUGCAUGUGUUGCAUCCACGUUGGCUUGGGACAUGGAUAUGUAUGGAACUGGCCUGGGAACUGGUCUGGGAACUGGUCUGGGAACUGGCUAUGGCUAUGGUAUGGGAUCUGGCUACGGUUUUGGUAGCUCCUUUGGUGGCUUUGGAAGUUCUUAUGGCUAUGGCUAUGGAGGAAAUUAUAUUGAUCCACGAGGAGCAAAAGGCUUCAUCAUUGCAAUGGCAGCUUUUUGCUUUAUUGCUGGAUUAGUGGUUUUUGUAACGGGCGUUACCAAGACUAGCAUAGCCAGGUCAAGGAAGUAUUACCUCCUCCUGAUAAUAGGAAGCUCCAUCUUCCUCUUUUUGAUAUUUAUUGCGGCCAUUGUAUAUACACUAGCAGUGAACCCAACUGCACAAGCUUCUGGAUCGAUGUACUACAAUCAGAUUUAUGCCAUGUGCAGCUCCUUUUACUCUCCUACAAACACUGGAGUCUUUGUGAAUCAGUACUUGUAUCACUACUGUGUGGUGGAACCUCAGGAGGCUAUUGCCAUUGUAUUGGCCUUCCUCCUUGUUGUAGCUUUUGCCAUAAUAAUAUUCUUUGCAGCAAGAACCCGAAGUAAAAUGAAUUACUAUGGCAAAGUGAAUAUCCUGUGGGACCACGUAAAAAGUUAUGAAGAGGCUCCCAAUGUAGAAGAAUGGGUGAAGAACAUAAAUCCGGAGCCAGCAAUACCUACCCCUGUAGCUGACUAUACAGAUCGAGUUGCCAGUUCUGUGGGUUACUCAGUUUCUGAAGUUCCUGUACAACAGAUCUAUAAUGACAAUAGCUACAGAGCUACUCCGAUACCUGAAGUGAAUUUAACAAAGAGCCCAAUGCCACCUCAGUAUGCCAACACUAGCAGUUACAAUGGGUCAGCUAAGGAGCCAGCACAAAAAGGAAGAGCAGGAAGAGCAAAGAGAACCUACACCGACAACUAUGAUGCAGAUUACACCACUGGAGGAGAGUCUUGUGAUGAACUGGAGGAGGACUGGGACAGGGAAUAUCCACCUGUAUCAUCCGAUCAACAAAGGCAAGGAUACAAGCGAGAUUUUGAUGCAGGUCUACAAGAAUACAAGCGGUUGCAAGCAGAGCUUGACGAAAUCAGCAGAGAAAUUUCUCGUCUUGAUAAAGAAUUGGAUGACUACCCUGAAGACAGUGAAGAAUAUAGGUCUGCUGCUGAAGAAUACAACCGACUGAAGGAUAUAAAGGCAUCAGCAGACUAUAAGAACCGCAAAGCCCACUGCAAGGUACUAAAGAGCAAACUGUCGCACAUCAAGAGAAUGGUCAGUGAUUAUGACAGACGAAAGUCAUAACAAGAAGAAAGAAAGACAGCCUGGUUGCUUAAAUAUGUUAAUUUUCAUAAAGGUGGGACAUAAUUGUGUUGGACCACAGAUAAUGACAGGGCGAUAUUUUCACCAAUACAACACUUGUGCCAUGUUUACUAUGAAGUAUGAAAUUGAGCACUCAGUAUAUGAGACCUCUUACUGUUCCACUGAGUCAAGGAAUUUCACCACUCAUCACAUCAGGUUCAUCCGUUUUAACAUGUAGUGGGCAUCUUCCUGUCCUUUGUCUGCGAUGACUCAUCCUCCAUUCACCUCUGUAUGUCGCAUCUUAUUUUUAGAAGCAGUUGAGAAAUCCCCCCCCAAAAAAAAUCUUGUUCCCCCCCCCGAAAUAAUCCAGUCCUCCCUUUCUUAAAGAUUUAUUGCCACAUUGUAUCCUUCUAAAUGCCAUUCAUUGUGUGGUCUGGGUGCUUCUUCCAAAAGGUACGUUUCUUCAUUAUUUUGUUUUCGAAACAUAGCAACCAAUUUUCCUUGUAAAUGUCAAAAUAUUAAGAAUUGUAUUUUUUAGGUGCAGCCAGUGUUGAUCAUUCUGUAUGUUAUCAUCAAUGUCAAUGUGAAACUAAGUGUAAAUAUAUCUAUUAUUUUUUAAAAUAACCAUUUGUAUUGUAGGGAAUGUUUUCAUUGUACAAAUGUAGCUUUGAGUAGCAAUGUUUUGACUCUUAAUAUCUUCUGUGGAUUGACUUUUGAGUUGUAUCUGAGUAUGUAAAAAAGGAUCGACUACAGCUAGCCUGGUUCUUCUAAGUUGCCAAAGUCUGGACCACUCUGCGGUGAAACAGUUUUGCCAUAGGCAAAGAAGAAUGGAAACCAAAGUAGAAAUUGAUCAUUUUAUAAACAUGUGGGUGCUCCUUUUUGAAUGUUAUGUUUAACAAAAGCACCGUCCCUUAGGAGUACCCAGUGAAAAUCCAAAUGAAUUGUAUAUUUACUGAGAUCCAGUGCUGUUAGGUCAGUUCUUAGCACACUCCAUGCCUGCUGUAACUCUAAUGCAAUAGCCAUAAUUUCUCCAAGAUUUGUAUUGCCCCCUUUCCCCAAAGCGAAACAUCAUUUGAAGUAGCAAACAAGCCAUUGUUAACAUUAACUGCACCUUGUCAGUUUAGAUAACAUGACAAGCUGUGGCUAAGCCUCCCAGCUCCACUUUACACUUGUGCUGGUGACUGGCAAGUGGGGGCAUUUGAGAUGAAGACUUUGCUGCACAAGUUCUCAUUAUGCUAAACUAUGGUUUAGCUUGACAUCUGAACCAGGAAACUGUUUCCAUGAGAUUAAGCUACUAAUCUAUAUUGGCAUAUCAAGGCUAAAGUUUAACACUUAGUUGUUUUCUUUUUAAGGCAUAUUUCACACAUUAUUUUGAUAUAUUCAUGCUAGGGUAAUCCCUUUUUUAGUCAAACCAAAAUACAACAAAAAAAGUGUGUACGCUUCCUAUUUUGUAACACUUUUGACUUAAUAACGGAUAAUACAAAUUUUUGCAUUUUUCUUGUGGGCAGACUUAUUUACUUAUUUCUUUGCUACAGUUACCAUAGCUCAGUUUUAAACACAGCAGACUCACACCCUGCGUGCAUUUAACUUGUGUGAAUACAGCUUUAUGUGCCCGGCAGCCGGUAAACUGACAUCACACAAAUUAAAUGCACACAAGGCAGAGAGCUGUUAG